UGAAUUUACUCACGAAUGUCAGUUCUUAAUAAUUGUUUUCUCUCAUUUCAGAAUUCUCUGGAUAGAGCCCAAGCAGCCAAAAAUAAAGGCAACAAAUAUUUCAAAGCAGGAAAAUAUGAACAAGCUAUUCAAUGCUAUACCGAGGCUAUUAGUUUGUGUCCUACUGAGAAGAAUGUAGACCUUUCUACAUUUUAUCAGAACAGAGCUGCUGCCUUUGAACAGUUGCAAAAGUGGAAAGAGGUGGCACAGGAUUGUACAAAGGCUGUUGAACUUAAUCCCAAAUAUGUGAAAGCUCUCUUUAGACGUGCAAAAGCCCAUGAGAAGCUGGACAAUAAGAAGGAAUGUUUGGAAGAUGUCACUGCUGUGUGUAUAUUAGAAGGCUUCCAAAAUGAGCAGAGCAUGCUGUUAGCUGAUAAAGUUCUUAAACUUCUCGGGAAAGAGAACGCCAAAGAAAAAUACAAGAACCGUGAACCUCUGAUGCCAUCGCCACAAUUUAUUAAGUCUUACUUCAGUUCUUUCACGGAUGAUAUCAUUUCUCAACCAAUGCUUAAAGGAGAGAAGUCUGAUGAAGAUAAAGACAAGGAAGGAGAAGCUUUAGAAGUAAAAGAAAAUUCUGGAUAUUUAAAAGCUAAACAGUAUAUGGAAGAAGAAAACUAUGACAAGAUCAUAAGUGAAUGCUCAAAGGAAAUAGAUGCCCAAGGCAAAUACAUGGCAGAAGCCUUACUACUGCGAGCCACCUUCUACCUGCUUAUUGGCAGUGCCAAUUCGGCCAAACCUGAUUUAGAUAAGGUCAUCAGUUUGAAGGACGCUAAUGUGAAGCUCCGAGCAAAUGCCCUCAUCAAAAGAGGCACCAUGUGCAUGCAGCAACAGCAGCCUAUGCUGUCCACUCAGGAUUUCAACAUGGCUGCCGAGAUCGACCCUCAGAACUCCGAUGUUUAUCACCACCGAGGACAGCUGAAAAUUCUGCUGGAUCUAGUUGAAGAAGCAGUGGCAGACUUUGAUGCGUGUAUUAGGUUAAGACCCAAGUUUGCUCUGGCACAAGCUCAGAAGUGUUUUGCAUUGUAUCGCCAGGCAUACACAGCAAACAAUUCUUCACAAGUCCAGGCAGCUAUGAAAGGUUUUGAAGAAGUCAUAAAGAAAUUUCCAAGGUGUGCUGAAGGCUAUGCACUUUAUGCCCAGGCAUUAACAGAUCAACAACAGUUUGGUAAAGCUGAUGAAAUGUAUGAUAAAUGUAUUGAUCUGGAACCAGAUAAUGCUACAACUUAUGUUCAUAAAGGUUUACUUCAACUUCAGUGGAAGCAAGAUUUGGAUAAAGGUUUGGAGCUCAUCAGCAAAGCCAUUGAAAUUGACAACAAAUGUGAUUUUGCAUAUGAAACCAUGGGAACUAUUGAAGUGCAGAGAGGAAACAUGGAAAAAGCCAUUGACAUGUUCAACAAAGCUAUCAACCUGGCCAAGUCGGAAAUGGAGAUGGCUCAUCUGUAUUCACUUUGCGAUGCUGCCCAUGCCCAGACAGAAGUAGCAAAGAAAUACGGAUUAAAACCACCGACAUUAUAAAACCAAGGGGAAAGCAGACUGACUCUUUUUAAAAGAAGUUUACCCCCUCUUCAACUGAACCCUGAAGACACUGUCAUGAACUGUGUUGAAUGGUGGAACUUAGUAUUCCCUUUGUGAUGUUGUCAUUCAUUACAUCUGUUUCAUGUUUAGGUGUUGUGGGUGUGGCUGUUGAAGGAAGUUUGCAGUCUUGCAGCUUUUAUUCCCUGUGCAACAAAAGCUUAAAACCUAUUAAAGGAAUAUUAAAACAAACUUGUAGAAUACAAACAGUAAUUGGCCAUGCAAAUAAAAACUUUGAUUUAUUGAUUUGUUUUUUUAUAUAUAUAUAUAUAUAUAUAUUGGGGUGGGGAUUAUGUUCUGAAUGAUUUUGUUUUUAUAGCUGUUUGUAUAAUAUAUGAGUGUUUUAUAGUAUGUUGGUUGGUCUUCAAUAUAGUAAGUGCUGUAGUAUAGACUUCUUUUAUAUUCAAUUAAUCCUUUUUAAUUUUUUUGAAGGAUGAGAAGCUUCAAUGUGGGUUUCAGUAAAAUUGAAAGACUUUAAGCUAUUGUCAGCAUGCACAGUGCCUCUGAUUCUGUAGUACUUUAGUAAAUUAUGCAGAAGCAAAAUAUUCUGAUUGAUACUUGUACGGGAAGACUAUUAAUGAGGGACUGACAAGGAAGGUAAGAUGAAAGAGACAUGUAUAUAAUUGCCUGUACUAUUCCAUAGUUAAGUACUAUUUAAUAGUAUGCUUUUUAAAGAAAGUGGGUGUGUGUGAACAACCCACGUACAGAUGGAGUACAUGUGAUGAUAUAUAGGAAUAUUUAAUUAGUUUAAAUUUUCUAGUUACAAAAAUACGGUAAAGGUUCAAAAAGGAUGUCAGUCCUGGAGCCAGAGCAUACUUCUUGAAAUGACAAAGUUUAGUGCUUUAUUUAGCUGUGGCUGUAUUAACUUUAAGGGAUUUUGAGCCAGUAUUUUCAGAGAUGUCCAAUACAUAGAUUACUUUUUUUAUUGAGUAACCUUGACCUCUAAGGACUGAUGGUCCAUGUCCACAUCUCCAGGUAUCCUGACAGCUAGCUGAUUUUACUUUCGUUGUGUUCAUUUUUAUCUGUACCUCAUUCCCUCCUUGGAAGCGCUAAGGUUUCCAUUCAUCACUUUCACAGACGAUCCUUUUGCUUAUUUAUAUGCUGGUUUUUUUUUGUGUGUGUGUGUGUGUUUGUUUGUGUGUGGUGGGGUGUGUGCAGUUCUUACUGAGUGUUUCCAAGAUCCAGAACAGAUAGAGGUUUAUUUACAUGAAAUGAAAAUAUGAAAAAUUUACAUGAAAAGUAAGUCUGUUAAGACAUAUGGACAGGAAGUCUAAUUAUAGUUUACAUUGUUGAGAGUAAAGGAGCAUUUUACACUCUUAUUUAAAAAGGGUGCUUUAUCCCACUGAAACCAAAAUGAUUUUGUCUACACAUGCUGUCUUUUUAGAAACUAUUAGAAAUGACUUCUCUUACAAAGUUGGUCUUUGGAUAAGAUUGGUAAGCAUGUGGCUGAUUUUAGUAGGGGCAGUUGAUAUAAUUUAAGGUGAUUGAUUGGGAUAAUGGAAAGUUGGAGAGCUCUUCAUUUUGUUCUGAAAUAAUUCUCCAAUGAUGAUAACCCUAAAUACAGAAAUGUCCCUACAUCUCUGAAUGUGACCUCUUCACUUAAAAAGUUUUUGUUUUUUUUUAUUUGCAUGGCUGUAUUUACAUUAAUACUGACAUUUUCUACUCUGCUCCCUUCUUUCUUGGGGCUGGGUAGGAAAUAAUGAAGCAUGUGCCAUUCACUACUGUCAUUCCAAAUAGUCACCAACUUUUUUGCCUGUUGUGAACAUAUUGAAACUGCACUAAAAGCUGCAUCUGUCUCUGUAUCUUUUCUUUUGUAAAUGGCUUCACAUGUAAAUUCACAAAAUAAAUACUACAUUCAA